AUGACUUCGAAAGCAUAUAGGUGGUGUUCCGUCCCUCUGUGUACUAAUACGUCCAUAAAAACUCCUGAGAAGUUAUUUAUUUUCGUUCCUUUCGAUAAGAAAUUAAGAAAGAAGUGGCUUGAACUUGCAAGACGUGAUUUGAAAGGAAUAUUAUCCACUACACAGCUUUAUUUUUGUGAAGAUCACUUUGACUUACCAAAUUGUAUGGCAAACUACAUGGAGUAUCAUGUGAUGGGGUCAGUGUCGCAGAUUCGCAUGAAACCUGGGUGCGUUCCCUCAAAAUUUGAAUGCCAAUCUGACAGAAGAAAACGAACUUCCAACUCAAACGUAAGGAAAUAUAGUGCGAAAAAGAAAAGAAGAGAAGUCGUUGCAGAAAGCUGA